GGAGAAACAGGAAGUAGACUCAUAAGUUAGCAAACACAAUCCAACACGGAGCUUUAUUUCAACACAAAAAUGAACACAAGGACAGGGGGAAAACACUUUGACCGGCCUGACUGACGACAUGAGACAACCUUUGCUCCUUAUCAGUCUGUCACUGGCAGUCUUCCUCUCUGCUGAUGUGAUGGCUCAAGUACAGAUCCAGUUCCAGACAGACCCGGUGCUGGUUCAAACUGGUACUGAGAUAGUGUUUACAGUGCUGACAGUGCCUCAGGUCCUGUCCAUGACAUGGAAGUACCAAGGAGUCACUCUGGGUGUGUGGGCCGGGGGAAAUGCAGUGGUUAAUCCAGUGGCCCAGUUCGCGGGCAGGGUCACCAUCACUGCCACCCAACUCCGCAUCGGAAGUGCCCAACUCCGAGAUGCCGGGAACUACUCAGUGGAGGUUAUCCCCAUUGCCACCACCGGCCUGACUCCUAACUCCAGAUCAAUACAGCUGAGGGUGUUUGAUGCAGUGGCUGGGGUGAGUCUGGUUGUUCCCUCAAUAGCGGUAGAGGGUAGAAAUGUGUCUCUGAGUUGUACAUGGACUGCUGGGACGGAGACUACAGUCCAGUGGGGCAAAGGAGGUAAAACCAUCACUGCCGACUCCAGGAUCACCAUCUCAGAUGGCUCUCUCAUCAUCAACCCAGCCAGACGGAGUGAUACCGGGGAGUACACAUGUACUGUCAGCAACCUUGUCAGCGCCCAGACUGCCACAAAGAGCCUCACUGUCUACUAUGGCCCUGACACUCCUGUACUGACCAAGGACACCCCAAAAGCCUGUGUCGGGGGAGGGAAUGUGUUGGUGGGACAGACGGUGCGUCUCACCUGUAUGUCUGACUCGCUGCCCCCUGCCCUCUUCACAUGGCAACGUAACGGAGAAACUGUUAAGCCAAACCAGCCAGACAGUGGGGUGCUCACCCUUCAGACUUUCUCAACCAACGAGAGCGGCCGGUUCGUGUGCACGGCCAGAAACACCAUCACUCUGGGCACGUCAGAGCAGGGGACAGACUUGACCAUCGUAGACAUAUGUCUAAAUGGAGGGGAAGUGGCUGGGAUUGUGAUUGGAGUGUUGCUGCUGAUCAUAAUCAUUGUGCUCCUCAUCCUGCUCAUUAUUUGUCUUGUGCGAAAGAGGAGGGCACAGCAGAGAUACAGGAAUACUGUGGUUGCUCAGAAGACCAACCCAAAUCUACCUCCAGAUCCACAGCCUAAUGGUGCAAGAGAAUUGGGCCAAGGUCCCCACCACCCCCACUAUCACGUGAACACACACGCACGCCACCCUGACCGCUUAUACACAGUGCCACGUGAAAACCGUGACAACCCACAGACACUGCCGCUGAAUGGCCUGCAUAACUUUGACACACAGCAACACAAUGGUCGUACCCACACGAAUGGACUCCUACACAAUGCUAUUCAGAACACCAAUUCAUACCCGCACAAUGGCAUUGACAACCCGGCUUUCACGCACACUGAUGCUCAGAAUGCAAAUACAGUCCCAAACAGACAGCAGCAAAAUUCUAACAUUCUCAUACAGGCUGGCACUGCCCAGGGCGGCACCCAGCCGCCGGCGGUCCACGUCAGCCUCAAUACGCUGCCACAAACUGCCCAGCAUAACAACAAUGCACAAAUGCCCACCAUUCAUGUCAAUCUUAACUCAUACCCAACCAAUGGCCAACAGACUCAGCAAAACAGUUCAUCUCCCCUUACCAACACAGCUAAUAAUUUUGCUUCACAAACCCAACAAAACCUGUCACACACAGGGCAAUCAACUCCUAGGGUGCAAAGUGGGCAAUUCUAUCCUAGUGAUCCCCAACUGAAUGGUCCUCAAACUCAGCCUGGGCUUAUACCAACUGGGUACACACAUUUUAAUAGUAACAAUAUUUCACAGCAAAAUGCAGUCACACAGACCUACCAGCAGGAGCCAGCGCGUCAUCACCACUCUGAAAGAAACUCAGACAGAUAUGAUGCCACUCCCAGCUCCUCCCAUCAACAGAUGCCGUGGGAUCGCCUGCGAGGGACACCGUCAUAUCCCAGCGGCACGCUUCAAAGACGACAGUUCUCACCUGAGCUCACCUCUGACACUACAGACUACACUACCAAUCCACCUAUACCAGAGGCGAGAACGGCAAAUAGAUCUCAGCCACAACCUCAGAGCCAAAACAGUUUGCUGAGCAGAGUUCUAAACAGACAAGUUGCACCACCGGUGGACAGACAGACACGGAGCCGUUCAGCUGAUCUUCGAUUCCCAAAUACACUCGAUGUAACGCAGCUUGAGGCUGCACACCACACACAGAGCAGCCUCCGCACACAAAGGGAGAGUGCUCAGCGAGACAUCAGAGGUUUGCCUGGUAGCCAGACCGCCCCCAGGCAGGAAGCCAGACACAGCAAUAACCCCCAGGCACUGCCUCUCAUGAGCCAGCAGGACACCGUACGACACUCUGCCAUGUCACAAGGACCCACAACACAACAGGGACCAACUGCACCACAGGGUGCAGAUACAAGAGCUUUGGCUGAUCCUAAUCACCUUCCACAGGCUCACAUGGCCCAGCAACAUAGAGGAGUACCCAUCCAAACAUCAUCACAAGGUCUGGGCAUGCAGACACAGCCUGUCAUACAUGGUGCCAGUCACCCUCGCCAAGGAGGCACUCCUGCCCAGUCUAAUCCCAAUAACCUAACCCAGGCUGCACUCAGAGCCCACACUGCGAUGGCUGAAACAUUUCAGAAUCGGAACCAACAGACCCAGGCUGCCCUGCUUCACCCUGGACCACAGGCUCAAGCUCCUGCUGCUGGAGCUCAGCAUCCACCGACUCCUCCUCCUGUUCUGCCCCUUGCACAGUUCCAGACUCUCCCCAGGGAGCGCACUCAGCACACAUCCCCAACUAAAGGUCCCCAGCCCCCUAGACCUCCUCUUAACAUACCAGUGGCUCAGCGCCGUGCGCAGCGGCAUGUUGCCACGAUGCAUGUUAAUCCAAACAGGCGUGUUGCUGAUGAGGCCCGUGCCCGUGCCCGUACCCAUGGUGAUAUCCAUGACCGUUUCCAUGCCCGUGUCCAUGCCCAAACCCUUGAUCGUGCUCAUGACCGCUCCCGUGCUCAAGCCCUAGCCCAGGCCCGUACCCGUGCCCAUGCCCGUGACCAUGCCCUAGCCCAGGCCCGUGGCCACCGGAACCCAAGACCGGCUCAUGCAGGGAGACGAAGAUGAUGACAGAUGCCAGCAGACAACACUCUACAAGUGUCCCACAUCCAAUGACACAAACAAACAGAUGACAGACAUGAUCCAAUAUACCACCAAGCAAGACUGACUGCACAAGGUUCUGCACUCAAAAAAAGCUGUCAUACCCUGGUAUCUCAGUACUAAAGUUAGUUUUUUUUUUGUAAAAGAAAUUAGCAUGUCUCCCAUGGGGAUUAUAAAAAAAUAACUUUUUAAAAUACAGACCUGCUUUCUUAAUAAGACAUGAUCUUCCCUCUUCUAAAAAUGCACUAUGUUAAAUAUACUAAAUGAAGGAUUUUCUUAUAAAUCCUCUCUCUAAACACACUGUUUUCCAGACCCAAAAGCAUUGCACUGUUUUGAUUUCUGAUGCACUGGUCAAGCAUCAAACUUUGCCUGGAGCCAGCUCAGAGAAGAUAAGUUCAGUGAUCCAUAGCUCGCAUGCACUCAUCCAUUCAUCAUCAAAACUGAACAAUGCUACCUUGACAAAAUGCACUUGAGGUGCUUGCAUGAAAAUCUGUUUCUGUCUGGCCCUUAGGAAGAUCUAAUAGUGACAGACAGUGUCAUAAAUGAGAAGGACACCACUCACAAGAUGGAGUCAACCUCUGGGAGCGGUGACAAUUAUGAAAGAAGUAAAUUAGCUGUAGGGGUGGUCUUCAUCUACAUGGAACUAUUUAUUUUGCGCCUUCUGUUUACAGAUGCCUCUUAUUUCACUUCUCAAUUAAGGAGAUUCGCCUCAGUGGUGCUCGGAAGUAAUGCUCAGCUAACUAUGAAGGGGAUCCCACGAAUGGAUGGCGCUUAUUAAUUAAAUGCUUUUAUGUGACUUAAAUGACUUGGAAAAUAAUCACACCCGCGCAUGAAUGAGGUCUGCACAAAGACCUGAGCUGCCACGCUUUCUGCUGAAAAAGCACAGAGUUGCAAUUUACUGUCUGUAUUGGGUCAUGGGCAGCACAUUAAAAAUGACAGGAUGUCAUUAUUACUUUCACAGAUUAUGUAUUUAAUGAUUUAUAAUGUUUAUGUUUUUUUGUUUUUUUUUUACUCAGGGAUGUACUUGUGGAUUCUCUUAUUUAGGUUGCACCAGUUGAUAUCAGUGCUUUUUUUUUUUUUUAACAAAUAUGUGUGACCAAAUACAUCUGGACAUUCAAGAAUAAGGCAGGUGACAUUCUAUAUUUUUCUUAUUGUUAACAAAUCCCAUGACAACUAUUGUCUGUGUAGCCAAAAUGUGAUAUAUCUAACUCAUGUGUACUGUUGAGCUCCAUUAAUUAGUCAUUAAUCAGCCACACUUGCACUGGAUGACGUGGUUCAUCAUUAUGAUAAACAUGAUCUUUGCAGUUUGUUUGAGCUAAUCACAGCAGCAUCAUCAUGCUGCUUCUCACUACAGCACCAAAUGUAUAUUAAUCUCCUGCUGAAAAUAGUCCCCCACAAAUGCACUAUUUAAUGUUACAUGAGUAACAUUUGCUGAAAGCUACAGUGCCCAGCUGCAUCAGGAAAUUAUUUAGCCUUUUUUUGAACUGCAAACAGACUUAGGGCUGAGAGCCACCAACAGGGUAGGAAAGCUGAAAGUAUCGAGAAGCAGACUAAUGUGUUGUUUGUUUUUGUCUUUUCAUGGAACUUGUUGACAAUAAGAAAAAAAGACAAUAAUCCAAGCCUUAUCCUUUUUAAUAUCAAAAUACUGUAAACUCAAAUUUGAAAACCAACAUGAACAAAUACACAGCACAUCUGGCUGCUCCAACUGAACAUCUGGAGCAUGAGAUUUACUCUGCUGCCUUGACAAAAUUGUGCUGUUUUUGAAAAAUUAAUGCUUGUGAAUAGUGUAUAUGAAUAUCCAUUUGAAUUGCUACAAGUACUGUAUUUAUCUUUGCUCCUCAGGAAGGAAUUGUAUAUUUUUUUGGGCUUCAUGAAAUGUUCUGAGAUUUUUAUCAACAAAAUAAUAAAGAAAUUUUGUCACAAA